CGAAUAGGAUCGCAUUUACUAAUACUCGAUGGCGCGUAUUCACGUUAAAUGGUCAAUUGAUUGACAAAUCUGGUACUAUGAGCGGCGGAGGUAACCAAGUUUUUAAAGAUGACAUGAGUUCGAAAUUUUCUUCGGACAUAACAUCCGAGACAAUAUCGAAAUUGGAAAAUGACCAAUGA